AUUACUUUAAAGGCGGUUUUGUGCAACUUGCUAACGUGAAAGCCAAGAUUUAACUUAAGAGGAUAGCCAUCCAACCCACCCAUUUAUGGUGAUACUUUUUGGUGCUUUACUUUAUGUGGUUUAUCAUUUAGUACGUCUUAGGAUCGUAUAAGUCUCAUAUUUGUGGUUUUAAGUUUUCAUUAAUUAUUAUUUGAAACCCGAUCCGGCUUGCAUUUGAGACUAGUUUUCUAAAAUUUGGUCAAAAAGGAUCUAAUAAUACGAUAUGAAAUGCUUGCCAAAAAUAUUUGGUCAAAUAAUGAAAAGAUAUUCCCGUAUAUGACCUUGUUACCUACAACUUAGGAAAUCAUAUCUCCUAUAUAUAAAUUGUCUCCCUUGACCUCUCUCAUUACUUCUUUAGAGGACAACCAAAAAAUAAAACCCACAAGCAAAUAACAAGAGCUUCAAUAUAAUGUAUACAGAAAAGUCGAUCCGACAAGCAAUAUGUUGCUUGUUUCUUAUAGCAUACAUUGCAAGAAGCCAUGCUGCUGUUGUCAACAUUAAAUCCAAAGGCGCUAAGGGCGAUGGCAUAACCGACGAUGGCCAGGCGAUAGUGAGUGCUUGGAACGAAGCCUGUGGAAGAGAAGAACCAAGCUCGGUGUUGAUUCCAUCGGGGACCUAUAUGGUAUUUCCUCAGAUUGAUCUCAUUGGCCCAUGCAAGGCUCCAAUUAAGAUCAAAGCCACCGGAGCCGUCGUCAAGGCCCCACCCGAGCUUGAAAAGUUCACAACCACGUACUGGAUCGCUAUAAGGAAUGUUAGUAAGUUGAGUAUGAUCGGUGGUACUUACAACGGUCAAGGCGAACAAACUUGGAAGCAAAAUUUAUGCCCGGACGGGGGGCCAGGACCUUGCCCACUUCCAGUCAAUCUUCAAUUCACUAAUGUCACAAAUUCAUUGUUGCAACACAUAACAUCUACCGAUAGCAAAUUCUUUCACAUGAGGUUGUCCUUAUGUGACAAUACAAGACUUGAUCAUAUCACUAUUUUAUCACCGGCAAACAGUGUCAACACAGAUGGAAUUCAAAUCGGGCGUUUAAGUGGUGUCAACAUCACAAACUCAGUAAUGAGAACGAAUGACGAUUGCAUUUCUAUUGGUCAAGGAUGUAGGAACAUCCGUAUUAAGAAUAUUACGUGUGGACCUGGAGAUGGCAUAGGUAUUGGGAGUUUGGGAAGACGCGCAAAUGAAGAACCUGUACAAGGAAUCUGGAUCAAGAAUGUCACAAUGACAGGCACAGAAAACGGACUCAGGAUAAAGACUUGGCCUACAUCUUUCCCAGGAAGUGUUAGUGACUUGCAUUAUGAAGAUAUCAUCAUGAACAAUGUGUCAUUUCCCAUAUUCUUCGAUCAACAAUUUUGCCCUUUGAAUAACUGCCAGAAUGGAACUGCAUCAAACGUGAACAUAUCGAAUGUGAGCUUUAGGAAUAUCAGGGGAACAUCAGCAACUAAGGUGGCAUUGAAGUUUGAUUGCAGUGCAGAUGUACCAUGCAAGAACAUAAAGGUGGCUGAUAUUAAUUUGACGUAUGAAGGACCUGAAGGAGGACCUGCCACCUCUGAGUGUGCUAACAUUAAACCCAAAGUCGUAGGUCAAGUUGUCCCUCCAGCUUGUCCAGGUGGGUUAGAUUAAAAAAAAUAUCGACGGGCAAAGCAGAUGGGUGCGUAAUGGUUGUGUAAUUCUCUAAGGAAAUAAGUAAAUGAAAAAAUUCACACAAUUUCGGCAACAUUUCUACAUAGAUGUACAUUGCAUGUGAUGUAGUAUUUCGUAUUCUAUGUUACUAUUCAUUGGUUAUUAAAUGAUUUCUAAAUGGGAUUUGCUAAUUCUUGAAAACUUCAUCCAUAAAAGUUACUAUUAUUUAUAGAGGAUUUUAAUUAAUGUUUCUGGUUUGAAGCGUAUACUAGAUUAUGUCCCGCGUUAAACGCAGGAAACAUAAAUUAAAUAC